AUGUCUGUAAAUUCUAACAAUAUAGAGAAUAAUGAUAGGAAUGAUUUAUCAUCCAGUUCAAAAUUCACAACAUUUUCGAUAAAGGAUAAUUACUCCUUACAACAUCCAUAUACUGGUAUGGACGAAUCUGCACAAAAAGAAAUCAGAUCUUUGGCCAGGUCCUUAACUAAACAAAGUUUCAUUAGCAAUAACUCAAUUAAUUCUAUUAACAACAAUAGAAAUAAUAACAUAUCCAAUGAGAACGAAAACCUGAAAAAUUCUAAUUAUUCCCCUUCAUUAAAUAAUUUAAGUACUGCCAGUAAUAGUAUUACAAAAAUUGAUACCCAAUCAAUACUCUCACAAGAUUUACCUGGUGUCAAUCCAGUGUUUGCUUCUCCUGACGCUGAAGGUUAUGAUCCAAGACUAGACCCAACAAGUGAUAAAUUUUCAUCAAAGGCAUGGGUUCAAAACAUGGCCAAUUUGGCUUCUGCAGACCCUGAUUUUUAUAAACCUUAUUCUCUGGGUUGUACAUGGAAGAAUCUAUCUGCUACUGGUGAUUCUGCUGAUGUCACCUAUCAAUCAACUUUCGAAAACUUGCCCUUCAAGUUAUUAAUGGGUCUCUAUAGAAAAUUUUCUCCUCUAAAAAAAACUUCUAAAUUCGAAAUAUUGAAACCUAUGGAAGGUUGUUUAAAUCCCGGUGAAUUGCUAGUUGUUCUUGGGAGACCAGGUUCUGGUUGUACCACACUAUUGAAAUCCAUAUCAUCAAACACACAUGGGUUUGAUAUAAGUAAAGAUUCCACUAUUUGGUAUAGUGGUUUAUCACCAAAGGAUAUUAAAAAACAUUAUCGUGGUGAAGUUGUAUACAACGCUGAAUCAGAUAUCCAUUUACCACAUCUUACUGUGUACCAAACUCUAUAUACUGUUGCUAGAUUAAAGACUCCACAAAAUAGAGUUAAAGGUGUAUCAAGAGAUGAUUGGGCUAGACAUGUAACUGAGGUCGUCAUGGCAACAUAUGGUCUUUCACAUACAAGAAAUACAAAAGUAGGUAAUGAUUUGGUGAGAGGUGUCUCUGGCGGUGAAAGAAAGCGUGUAUCUAUUGCUGAAGUUACUAUAUGUGGGUCCAAAUUUCAGUGUUGGGAUAAUGCUACCAGAGGUUUGGAUUCUGCUACUGCCUUAGAAUUUAUUCGUGCUUUAAAAAUACAAGCUGAAAUAGCUAAUACUGCUGCUACCGUAGCUAUUUAUCAAUGUUCCCAAGAUGCCUAUGAUUUAUUCGAUAAAGUGUGUGUUCUUGAUAAUGGGUAUCAAAUAUAUUAUGGGCCCGCCAAAGAAGCCAAGCAGUAUUUUCUCGAUAUGGGUUAUAUAUGCCCUGAACGUGAAACUACAGCAGAUUUUUUAACUGCUAUCACCAAUCCUGCUGAAAGAAUCAUUAAUCCAGAGUAUACAAAAAGAGGUGUCCGUGUCCCACAAAAUGCAAAAGAAAUGAAUGAUUAUUGGAAAAAAUCUAAUAACUAUAAGAAGUUAAUGGCUGAAAUUGAAGAAACAUUAAGUAGAAAUGAAGACGAAGAAAAAGAGAUUGUUAAACAGGCUCAUAUAGCUAAACAAUCGAAAAGAGCUAAACCUUCAUCCCCAUAUGUCGUUAGUUAUGGGUUACAGAUUAAAUACAUUUUGAUUAGAAACUGGUGGAGAAUCAAACAAAGUUCAAGUAUUACUUUAUGGCAAGUUUGUGGUAAUUCUUGCAUGGCUCUUAUUUUAGGUUCAAUGUUCUAUAAGGUUAUGUUACAUACGGACACAGCAACAUUCUAUUUCCGUGGUGCUGCUAUGUUCUUUGCUAUUCUAUUUAAUGCAUUCUCAUGUCUUUUGGAAAUUUUUUCUCUUUAUGAAGCAAGACCAAUAACUGAAAAACAUAGAACUUAUUCAUUAUACCACCCAAGUGCGGAAGCAUUUGCCUCUGUUAUCUCAGAGAUUCCUGCUAAGUUGGUAACAGCCAUCUGUUUUAACAUUAUUUUCUAUUUCUUAGUCAAUUUCCGUAGAAAUGGUGGUGUCUUUUUCUUCUAUUUCUUAAUCAACAUUGUAGCCACAUUCACUAUGUCUCACCUUUUCAGAUGUGUAGGUUCUCUCACCAAGACGCUUCAGGAAGCUAUGGUUCCUGCAUCUAUGCUGCUGUUGGCUAUGGCCAUGUAUACUGGGUUUGCAAUUCCAAAGACUAGUAUGUUAGGUUGGUCAAAAUAG